UUUCACUCGUAUGAAAACCGGAACAGUGACCGGAAAAGCAAGUGUACGUUUGUUUGCAGCAUCCGAUGUUUAGGGGGAUCGAGAUUUGCAAUAUUCCGGUCCAAUUUCCGGCGACGAGCAGCCGAUUCGGAGACAUAAUACCGAGGCACCCUGUUCAUAGAAGGAAUCCAAAAACAUCGUUCUUUCUUCGAGGUACUGCGGCAGAAAAUUCAAAUCUAACUGAUGCGUCGGCGUCGGAAUUCCCAAAUCGGAUGUUCAUCAUGGGAAUGGGCUUUGUCGGACAGUAUUUUGCUGAGGAAUUGAGGAACCGAGGAUGGACUGUGUGUGGGAGUUGCACAAACCAUGUGAAGAAGAAGAAAUUUGAGGAAAUGGGAUUUGAUGUUCACCUUUUUGAUGCAAAUGAACCAGAAGUGGAAAUUCUGAAUGUUCUCAACCAUCAUUCUCACCUCCUUGUCACCAUCCCUCCCCUCGUUGGUAUUGGUGAUCCGCUAUUGCAAUACGAAGAACUUGUAAAAAGUACGCUAAUGGUUGGAAACCUCAAGUGGCUCUGUUAUUUGUCAUCUACAGGCGUCUAUGGAAAUUGUGGGGGUGCUUGGGUGGAUGAGGAUUAUCCGGCAAGCCCUACCGAUGAAAAGGCUAGAGCAAGGUUAGCUGCCGAGGAAGGAUGGUUAAAAUUGGGCUAUGGUCUAGGUAUCUCGACACAAAUAUUUCGACUUGGAGGUAUCUAUGGCCCCGGUAGAAGUGCAGUGGACACCAUAAUCAAGAGGGAACCUUUGUCUAAAAUGCAGAGAAUAAGGGCAUCCAGGCAGUACACUUCACGAGUACAUGUCGCCGACAUUUGUCAAGCCCUUUGGGCAAGUAUUUACAAGCCUUGCCAGGGAAAAAUCUACAACGUAGUAGAUGAUGAGCCAGCCCCACGAUUACGAGUGUUUUCAUAUGCAUGGGACUUGGUCGACAGGAAAUGGCCCGGACAUUUGGAUCAAACCGCAUUUCCCCGAACAGAGAAAUGGAUUUCUGACGAAACACAUUCCAGGGCCGAGAAGCGAGUCUCAAAUGCUCGUAUAAAGGAAGAGCUUGGAAUUAGGUUACUUCAUCCAGAUUAUAAAUCCGGAUUGAAAAGCAUUAUCGAUCACAUGGAUGAUCCCUUUUGUAGACUCAAUCUUUCAUAA